GCACCCAUGGGUGCGAUGGACGGGAGGGCUCAGCACAGCACCGCGGACAGCGGCCCCUCGGCACCGCGGACAGCGCCCAGGGUGAGGCUGGACAAGCUCUCGGAGGUGGCCAAGGUGAACACGGACGCCAUCCGCCUGGCCCAGGAGGAGAUCUCUGAGUACCGCCGCCAGCUCCAGUCCAAGACCACUGAGCUCGAGGCCCUCAAAGGGACGCAGGAGUCGCUGGAGAGGCAGAGGCAGGACUCGGAGGAGCGCCACCAUGCCGAUGUCCUGUCCUACCAGGAAACCAUCCAGCAGCUUGACAGCGAGCUGAGGAACACCAAGUGGGAGAUGGCAGCCCAGCUCCGCGAGUACCAGGAUCUGCUCAACGUCAAGAUGGCGUUGGACAUCGAAAUCGCUGCCUACAGGAAGCUCCUGGAAGGGGAGGAAUAUCGGAUCGAGGCCGGCUUCGGGAUGAUCUCCUACCCCGAGGUGGUCCCCAAGGCUCCCGGCAUCGCCGCCAGCAUCAAGGUGAAGAGUGAGGAGAAAAUCAAGGUGGUGGAGAAGUCCGAGAAGGAGACGGUGAUUGUGGAGGAGCAGACGGAGGAAAUCCAAGUGACCGAGGAGGUGACAGAGGAGGAGGAGGCUGAGAAAGAGGCUGAAGAGGAGAAAGCUGAAGAAGAAGAGGAGAAAGCUGAAGCAGAGAGUGAAGAAGAAGCCAAGUCUCCUGCAAAGGAGGAGGCCAAAUCCCCAGCUGUGAAGUCCCCAGAGAAACUUGAGUCCCCUACAAAGGAGGCCAAAUCGCCAGCUGUGAAGUCCCCUGAAAAAGUCCCAACCCCCUCAAAGGAGGAGGCCAAGUCCCCAGCAGUCAAGUCCCCAGAAAAGCCACCGACCCCCUCAAAGGAGGAGGCCAAGAGCCCAGCUGUCAAAUCCCCGGAGAAACCCACGCCCCCCAAAAAAGAGGAGGCCAAGUCCCCAGCUGUCAAAUCCCCAGAAAAACCCACAGCCCCCUCCAAAGAGGAGGCCAAGACCCCAACUGUGAAGUCCCCAGAGAAACCCCCAACGCCCUCAAAAGCAGAAGCCAAGUCCCCGGCAGUCAAGUCCCCGGAGAAGCCACCAAUGCCCUCAAAGGAGGGGGCCAAGUCCCCAGCUGUCAAGUCUCCAGAAAAACCCCCAACCCCCUUAAAGGAAGAGGCCAAGAGCCCAGCUGUGAAAUCCCCCGAGAAACCUGCAACCCCCUCCAAAGAGGAGGCCAAGACCCCAGCUGUGAAGUCCCCAGAGAAACCCUCAACCCCCUCCAAAGAAGAGGCCAAGACCCCAGCUGUGAAGUCCCCGGAGAAACCCUCAACCCCCUCCAAAGCAGAGGCCAAGUCCCCGGCAGUCAAGUCCCCCGAGAAACCUGCAACCCCCUCCAAAGAGGAGGCCAAGUCCCCAGCUGUGAAAUCCCCCGAGAAACCCGCGACACCCUCCAAAGAGGAGGCCAAGGCCCCAGCAGUCAAGUCCCCAGAGAAAGCCAAACCUCCCGUGAAGGAGGAGGCCAAGUCUCCGCAGAAGGAGGUGGCGCCAGCCAAGGAGCCCGUUCCCUCCCCUCCCAAGGAGCCGAAAGCCCCUGCCAAGGAGGAGAAGGCUGCCCCCAAGGCCGCAGCUGAGGAGGGCAGGAAGGAGGAGGCUCCCAAGAAGGACGCCCCGGCCAAGGCGGAGGAGAAGCCCAAAGAGAAGGUGGCCACUGGGCCAGAGCCGCCGGCCCCGCAGGUGAAGGAGACCGCCAAGGCCGGCCCCAAACCCGCGGAGGAAGGGAAAGCCGAGGAGGCUCAGCCAAAACCUCCGCAGGAGGCCGGCAAAGCAGCCGUGAAGGAGGCGGAGAAGCCGAAGGCCAAGGAGAAGGCGGAGGAACCAAAGAAAGCGGCGGAGGAACCAAAGAAGGAGAAGGCGGAGGAACCCAAAGCCAAACCCAAAGACGAGCCCAAAGCCAGUAAGGAGCCCCCCAAGGCUGAGAAGCCCCCCAGCACGGACACCAAAGCCCCGGAGCCGGUGCCUGCUGCGGGGAAGAAGUGAGCGGAGCCCCAGCCCCGAGGCAGCACCCCUGGGUGCAGGAGCUGCUCCGCUCCCCUCCGAAGGGUGAGAUGGGGAGGGACCCCCGGAGGGCCCCCCCCCGGCCAGGCCUUACCUUAGCAAUAUGUUCGUGAGAGACACAGCCCCUCGCCGCCCCACUCCCGUGGUAUGUUAUGAUAGCUUCCGUAGCAGAAUGUGAUGUACGCCGAGCGCCACAUGUAACACUUGAAUUACAAGGAGGAGAACAGCCCCCGGGGGGACCCGACUGCCCUUCUCCGAUAAGUGCAUUUAUUUAACGGCCGUGCCAUCGAGGGACAAGUGCACCGCAGAGAUCCAGUGUCGUCGUCUCGUGUCCCCCCCCUGGGACACUGACUGUCCCCCUGCAGCGUGUCCCUGGCUGCAGCCCCCUUCGGGGGGGAGCACUGUGCAGAAACACCCCCGGGACUACACCGUGCACUAGGAAACUCGAGCCCACUGUCAGUUGCUUACGUGCAAUAACCAAAUAAAGUGCUUACAGAGACA